CAGGGUAAAGCGGUGUGCAAGGGAAGAAGGGGUGGAGACACGCUGGCAGCUACCCUGGCCUAGAUAUGCUGCCGAGAGAGAGAUCUGACUCUUGGUCUUGGAUUGUUUAACAACAGCCAUGUUCCAGCCCAGCUGAGGUCUAGCCCAGCAACCCAUGGGGAGUCCCACUCGGAGAGUCCUGCUGCUGCUCCUCCUCACCACCUUCCUGCUGAACCUCCAGCCUGCUGCGCUCCAGUCCCACCAGCCGUGUCCCUGCGGAGAAGUCCUCACCAACUUUGAUUGCAGGACUUAUGGAGAGGGAAAUCUACCCAAGCUCUGUUCCCAAUGCCAGAACCAGCUGCAGGAAAGCCCAUCUCAGCUGUUGCCAGCCCUUUUCCUAAGCACCGCUCAAUGUUGCAAGAAUGGAAAACAGACUUGUCUUCAGGUUUAUGUGGCUCUGAACUCUACAGGUAUUGAAGGCUUAGAACUGGAUUUUCUCGUUCCAAGUUCUAACCGUUCCAGCAAGCUUCAGGUCUUGAAAACGUGGGAGCAUCAGAACAAUACUGGGGCUGAGCUCCCCGUCCUUCUGGGCCUGAGUUCCAGUAUAAAUGGAUACCAGCUUCCAGGGCUAUUGAGGUGUCUUCUCUCAAGGCCAUCACUGCACGCCUGUGUCACAAGCUGAAGUGGGAAUGCACAGAACUGAACAAAUCUUUCCAUCAGCAGGUACAGGUUUCCAAACAUCGCCCUGUAGUGCUGAAGUAUGAGUACCUUCUUCCUUGUCUGUGCAUAGAGAUGCUGCAGAUCUCUGGUCCUCCUCGUACUUUCAUGACUUCAGUUCCAGUGGCAAAACUGAAAUGGCCAUAGCUUUGAGUGCCCGCUGCUUCUUUUACCCCACCGUCUCACUUUGCUGGAAGGAAAACUCUGUUCCAGAGGCAACCUGCCAAGAUAUCCCCAAUUCCACAGUCAACCAGAUGAAGGCUUCUUCUAUGCCAUUCGAGUUUGAAGACAUUGAGAGCCUUACAAUUCCUGUUGCAGCAUACAGCAUUGAAAGCGUAGAUGUGAAUCCACAGCUCUGCUUCAAGUUUUCUUACAUGAACACCAGCCACACUGAGUGCCCACACAAGACAGAUACUACCUGGAAUGUAUCUCUCAGUGUGAAAUUUCUGCAACUUCACUUAAACUUCCAUUCUCGCACACCGGCUUCCUUUAGUUCCGCCUUAUGCCAGCCGGGAUCUUCAAGCCAGUGCCAACCUGAACCCCCUGUCUAUACCAUCUCCCACACAGGGGGAUCUGCCUUGGGUGAGAUGAACCUCAUUCUUCCUUGGACAGUCUCGAGAAGUUGUGUGCUGUUUCUCACCGACGCUGGGGACUGCUGGCCUCUGCUGUAGUUUUGGGCUUGGGAUUUCUAGCUUUGGCAAUCUUCCUGAUUCACUGGAAUAUGCACAGACUCCGUAGAGACGUACCUUGCCGGCAUCAUUCCCGUCCCAUCCUGCUGAUCUAUUCUCCUGAUUCAGAGGAGCACAAACAGUUGGUCUGCUCCUUUGCCGCAUUGUUGCGGUCGGCGCUGGGCUGCCCUGUGCUAUUGGACCUCUGGGAAUUGGGCCAUGUGGGACGACAGGGCAUCUUGCCCUGGAUGUAUGCCCAACGGGAACUCGUGGGUCGCAAGCAGGGCCAGGUGCUACUGCUGUGGAGCGCAGGCAGUGCCAAUGCUUAUGGACUCUGGCAAGGAGAAGUAAGCAGCCCUGGUAAGAAAGCCCCAGAACCCUAUGACCUCUUUGGGGCAGCCAUGGCCUGUUUACAAGCGGAACUUCAGGGUACGGCUGGAAAGGUCCAGCGAUGUGACUGGGUGAUUGCCUAUUUCAGUAAACUGUGCAACCGGCGGGAUAUUCCCCGUGCUCUGCACCUUCUUCCCCGUUACCGCCUGCCUCAGGACUUGCCGGACCUGGUUGGGGUCCUGCAGGGCAACUCCAGCUCAGGACCCAGCUGGCUCCAUGCUAGCGCCAAAGCCCUUGUGUGCCACCUGCUCAAAGCCGAGAAGAAGAGGAGUUCACGGAAACAGCGGAAUCAGCCAUGGAGCAAGAACAUCAGAUGCUUGGAAGAAUCGCUGUUCCCCCUCACUCAACUCAAGGUGCACAGGCCAAGCUGCACUUAAGGGCUGUGGACUAAAGGUGCAUUGCAAAAUGGGAUUGAUCCCACUGGUUAUCCGUAGGCAGAAGGUGUUCAUUAGGCCUCAGAAGAGUCGGCUUCUUUAUGGUGCCAAAGAAAUGGCAUCUGUAAUCAUCUUGGCCAGUAAAUCCAAUGCCACAAAAACAAAGGAAGGGGUCCAGCUCAGCUAAUCGUAAAGCAGAGGGAUUUCUCUGGGUGUGCCAGAGAGCGCGCCCCUUCUCCAUCACCUGGUGGUCAUGGCAUCUGUUGCCAUAGAGAUGAUAGGGUACUGUGAAGAACGGGUCGUGGCCUUGCUGCUGAAAGCGGGGUGGUGCAAUAUGAACCUUGUGGGCAAUCGUGCACAGUGAUUCACAGGGGCUGCUUUCUAGCAGAUUCCUCCUGGAGGAUAGUAAGCUUGUCGAAAGGCAGCCAGGUUAGGCCCAGGGAAGAGGAUCUUGUUGCAAGCUAGAUGGACUGAAUGAAGAGGCCGAAUUCUUGCUUUGUUCGACGUCCAUCACUUCAGGACUGUAACCAACAGAAGGUGGAGGACAUCUCUGACACCUUUCAGAAUGUUCGUUUUUUUCUUUUCGAAUCAUGGGUCCUUAACAUUUCUACUUGUGGAGACACAAAGACCAGCACAAAGAAACCUGCAGAUAAUGACCUCCUAGAUAGUAUACUAAGGGUUGUUCCCCACUGUUGAGUAGAGGUUUGUCAGAGUUUCCGGCAGCAAUCACAUCCAGAAAGCACACACAGGUAACUGAUUCAGCAGGAUUCAAUAACUUGUCUUUAUAUAUAAUA